AUGGUUCCUGAGGCUGAGGACAUGGUUCCUGAGGCUGAGGACAAGGUUCCUGACGCUGAGGACAAGGUUCCUGACGGGGAGAACAAGGUUCCUGAGGCUGAGGACAAGGUUCCUAACGCUGAGGACAAGGUUGCUGACGCUGAGGACAAGGUUCCUGACGCUGAGGACAAGGUUCCUGACGCUGAGGACAAUGUUCCUGAUGCUGAGAACAAGGUUCCUGACUGUGAGGGCAAGGUUCCUGACGGUGAGGACAAGGUUCCUGAGAGUGAGGACAAGGUUCCUGACGGAGAGGACAAGGUUCCUGACGCCGAGGACAAUGUUCCUGACGCUGAGGAGAAGGUUCCUGACGCUGAGGACAAGGUUCCUGACUGUGACGACAAGGUUCCUGACGCUAAGGAGAAGGUUCCUGACGCUGAGGACAAGGUUCCUGGCGCUGAGGACAAGGUUCCUGACGGUGAGGACUAGGUUCCUGACGGUGAGGACAAGGUUCCUGACGAUGAGGACAAGGUUCCUGACGUUGAGGACAAGGUUCCUGAGGCUGAGAACAAGGUUCCUGAUAGUGAGGACAAGGUUCCUGACGGUGAGGACAAGGUGACUGACUUUGAGGACAAGGUUCCUUACGCUGAUGACAAGGUUCCUGACGCUGAGGGCAAGGUUCCUGACGCUGACGACAAGGUUCCUCACAGUGAGAACAGGGUUCCUGACGGUCAGGACAAGGUACUAGACGGUGAGGACAAGGUUCCUGACGCUGAGAACAAGGUUUCUGACGCUGGGGACAAGUUUCCUGAGGCUGAAGACAAGGUUCCUGGCGCUGAGGACAAGCUUCCUGGCGGUGAGGACAAGGUGCUGACACCGAGGACAAGGUUCCUGAUGCUGAGAACAAGGUUGCGGAAUCUGAGGAGAAGGUGGGUACUCUGAGGAGAAGGUUCCUAACGCUGAGGACAAGGUUCCUGACGGGGAGGACAAAGUUCCUGACGGUGAGGACAAGGAUCCUGACGCUGAGGACAAGGUUGCUGACGCUGAGGACAAGGUUUCUGACGCUGAGGACAAGGUUCCUGACGCUGAGGACAAGGUUCCUGACGCUGAGGACAAGGUUCCUCACAGUGAGAACAGGGUUCCUGACGGUGAGGACAAGGUACUAGACGGUGAGGACAAGGUUCCUGACGCUGAGAACAAGGUUCCUGACGCUGAGGACAAGUUUCCUGAGGCUGAGGACAAGGUUCCUGGCGCUGAGGACAAGGUUCCUGGCGGUGAGGACAAUGUGCUGACACCGAGGACAAGGUUCCUGAUGCUGAGAACAAGGUUGCGGAAUCUGAGAAGAAGGUUGCGAACGCUGAGGAGAAGGUCCCUAACGCUGAGGACAAGGUUCCUGACGGGGAGGACAAAGUUCCUGACGGUGAGGACAAGGAUCCAGACGCUGACGACAAGGUUCCUGACGCUGAGGACAAGGUUCCUGACGGUGAAGACAAGGUUCCUGAUGGUGACGACAAGGUUCCUGAUGCUGAUGACAAGGUUCCUGACGCUGAGGACAAGGUUCCUGAUGCUGAGGACAAGGUUCCUGACGGUGAGGACAAGGUAUCUGACGGUGAGGAUAAGGUUCCUGACGGUGAGGACAACGUUCCUGACGCUGAGGACGAGGUUCCUCACGCUAACGACAUGGUUCCUGACAGUGAGGACAAGGUUCCUGACGGUGAGGACAAGGUAUCUGACGGUGAGGAUAAGGUUCCUGACGCUAAGGACAAGGGUCCUGACGCUGAGGACAAGGUUCCUGAAGCUGAGGACAAGCUUCCUGACAGUGAGGACAAGGUUACUGAUUGUGAGGACAAGGUUCCUGACUGUGAGGACAAGGUUCCUUACGAUGACGACAAGGUUCCUUACGCUGACGACAAGGUUCCUGACAGUGAGGACAAGGUUCCUGACGGUGAGGACAAGGUAUCUGACGGUGAGGAUAAGGUUCCUGAUGGUGAGGACAAGGUUCCUGACGGUGAGGACAAGGUUCCUGACGCUGAGGAAAAGGUUUCUGUUGCUGAGGACAAGAUUCCUGACGGUGAGGACAAGGUGCCUAACGCUGAGACAAGGUUCCUGUCGCUGAGGACAAGGUUCCUGAGGCUGAGGACAAGGUUGCUAACGCUGAGGACAAGGUUCCUAACGCUCAGGAGAAGGUUCGUAACGCUGAGGACAAGGUUCCUGACCCUGAGGACAUGGUUCCUGAGGCUGAGGACAAGGUUCCUGACGCUGAGGCCAACGUUCCUGACGGUGAGGACAAGGUUCCUGACGCUGAGCACAAGGUUCCUAACGCUGAGGACAAGGUUCCUAACGCUGAGAACAAGGUUCCUGAUGCUGAGGACAAGUUUCCUGAGGCUGAGGAGAAGGUUCCUGACUGUGAGGACUAGGUUUCUGACGGUGAGGACAAGGUUCCUCACGGUGAGGACAAUGUUCCUGACGGUAAAGACAAGGUUCGUGACAGUGAGGACAAGGUUCCUGACGGUAAGGAAAAGGUUCCUGACGGUGAGGACUAGGUUCCUGACGGAGAGGACAAGGUUCCUGACGGUGAGGACAAGGUUCCUGACAAUGAGGACAAGGUUCCUGACGCUGAGAACAAGAUUCCUGAUAGUGAGGACAAGGUUCCUGCCGUUGAGGACAAGGUUCCUGAUGCUGAGGACAAGGCUCUUGACGCUGAGGACAAGGUUUCUGACCCUGAGGACAUGGUUCCAGAAGGUGAGGACAAGGUUCCUGACGCUAAGGACAAGGUUCCUAACGCUGAGGACAAGGUUCCUGACGCUGAGGACAAGGUUUUUGACGCGGAGGACAAGGUUCCAGAAGGUAAGGACAAGUGUCCUGACGCUGAGGACAAGGUUCCUGACUCUGAGGACAAGGUUCCUGACAGUGAGGACAAGGUCCCUGACUGUGAGGACAAGGUGCCUGACUGUGAGGACAAGGUUCCUUACGCUGACGACAAGGUUCCUGACGCUGAGGACAAGGUUCCUUACGCUGACGACAAGGUUCCUGACAGUGAGGACAAGGUUCCUGACGGUGAGGACAAGGUACCUGACGGUGAGGACAAGGUUUCAUGACGAUGAGGACAAGGUUCCUGACGGUGAGGACAAGGUUCCUGACGGUGAGGACAAGGUUUCAUGACGGUGAGGACAAGGUUCCGGACGGUGAGGACAAGGCUCCUGACGCUGAGGACAAGGUUCCUGACUGUGACGACAAGGUUCCUGACGGUGAGGACAAGGUUCCUGACGCUGAGGACAAGGUUCCUUACGCUAACGACAAGGUUCCUGACAGUGAGGACAAGGUUGCUGACGGUGAGGACAAGGUACCUGACGGUGAGGACAAGGUUACUGACGGUGAGGACAAGGUUCUGGACGGUGAGGACAACGUUCCUGACGCUGAGGACAAGGUUCCUGACUGUGAGGACAAGGUUCCUGACCGUGAGGACAAGGUUCCGGACGGUGAGGACAAGGGGCCUAACGCUGAGACAAGGUUCCUGACGCCCAGGACAAGGUUCCUGAGGCUGAGGACAAGGUUCCUAACGCUGAGGACAAGGUUCCUAACGCUGACGAGAAGGUUCGUAACGCCUAGGACAAGGUUCCUGACCCUGAGGAAAUGGUUCCUGUGGCUGAGGACAUGGUUCCUGAGGCUGAGGACAAGGUUCCUGACUCUGAGGACAAGGUUCCUGACGCUGAGGACAAGGUUCCUAACGCUGAGGACAAGGUUCCUACGCUGAGAACAGGGUUCCUGACGCUGAGGACAAGGUUCCUGAGGCUGAGGACAAGGUUCCUGACUGUGAGGACAAGAUUGCUGACGCUGAGGAGGUUUCUAACGCUGAGGACAAGGUUUCAGGCGCUGAGAACAAGGCUCCUGACAGUGAGGACAAGGUUCCUGACGCUAAGGACAAAGUUCCUGCCUGUGAGGACAAGGUUCCUUACGCUGACGACAAUGUUCCUGACGCUGAGGACAAGGUUCCUGACGCUGACGACAAGGUUCCUGACAGUGAGGACAAGGUUCCUGAAGGUGGAGACAAGGUUCCUGACGCUGACGACAAGGUUCCUGAAGCUGAGGACAAGGUUCCUGACUGUGAGGACAAGGUUCCUGACUGUGAGGACAAGUUUCCUGACUGUGAGGACAAGGUUCCUGACGCUGACCCUGACGGCAAGGUUCUUGACGCUGAGGACAAGGUUCCUGACGCUGAGGACAAGGUUCCUGACAGUGAGGACAAGGUUCCUGACGGUAAGAAAAAGGUUCCUGACGGUGAGGACAAGGUUUCUGACGGAGAGGACAAGGUUCCUGACGGUGAGGACAAGGUUUCUGACGCUGAGAACAAGGUUCCUGAUAGUGAGGACAAGGUUCCUGACGGCGAGGACAAGGUUUCUGACGGUGAGGACAAGGUACCUGACGGUGGGGACAAGGUUCCUGACGAUGAGGACAAGCUUCCUGACGGUGAGGACAAGGUUCUUGACUGUGAGAACAAGGUUCCUGACGGUGAGGACAAGGUUCUUGACUGUGAGAACAAGGUUCCUGACGGUGAGGACAAGGUUCCUGACGCUGAGGACAAGGUUCCUGACGCUGAGGACAAGGUUCCUGACGCUGAGGACCAGGUUGCUGAUGCUGAGGACAAGGUUCCUGACGGUGAGGACAAGGUUCCUGACGGUGAGGACAAGGUUCCUGACGCUGAGGACAAGGUUCCUGAAUGUGAGGUCUAGGUUCCUGACGGUGAGGACAAGGUUCCUGACUGUGAGGACAAGAGUCCUGACGCUGAGGAGGUUUCUAUCGCUGAGGACUAGGUUCCAGGCGUUGAGGACAAGGUUCCUGACGCUGACGACAAGGUUCCUGACAGUGAGGACAAGGUUCCUGACGGUGAGGACAAGGUACCUGACGGUGGGGACAAGGUUCCUGACGAUGAGGACAAGGUUCCUGACCGUGAGGACAAGGUUCUUGACUGUGAGGACAAGGUUCCUCACGGUGAGGACAAGGUUCCUGACGCUGAGGACAAAGUUCCUGACGCUGAGGACAAGGUUCCUGACGCUGAGGACCAGGUUCCUGAUGCUGAAGACAAGGUUCCUGACGGUGAGGACAAGGUUCCUGACGGUGAGGAGAAGGUUCCUGGCGCUGAGGACAAGGAUCCUGACUGUGAGGACAAGGUUCCUGAUGGUGAGGACAAGGUUCCUGACGGUGGAGACAAGGUUCCUGACGCUGACGACAAGGUUCCUGACGCUGAGGACAAGGUUCCUGACUGUGAGGACAAGGUUCCUGACUGUGACGACAAGCUUCCUGACUGUGAGGACAAGGUUCCUGACGCUGACGCUGACGACAAGGUUCUUCACGCUGAGGACAAGGUUACUGACGCUGAGGACAAGGUUCCUGACAGUGAGUACAAGGUUCCUGAGGUAAGAAAAAGGUUCCUGACGGUGAUGACAAGGUUCCUGACGGAGAGGACAAGGUUCCUGACGGUGAGGACAAUGUUCCUGACGCUGAGAACAAGGUUCCUGAUAGUGAGGACAAGGUUCCUGACGGCGAGAACAAGGUUUCUGAGGGUGAGGACAAGGUUCCUGACGCUGAGGACAAGGUUUCUGACGCUGAGGACAAGGUUCCAGACGGUGAGGACAAGGUUCCUGACGCUAAGGACAAGGUACAUGACGCUGAGGACAAGGUUCCUGACGCUGAGGACAAGGUUCCUGACGCUGAGGACCAGGUUCCUGAUGCUGAAGACAAGGUUCCUGACGAUGAGGACAAGGUUCCUGACGGUGAGGACAAGGUUCCUGGCGCUGAGGAGAAGGAUCCUGACUGUGAGGACAAUGUUCUUGAUGGUGAGGACAAGGUUCCUGACGGUGGAGACAAGGUUCCUGACGCUGACGACAAGGUUCCUGACGCUGAGGACAAUGUUCCUGACUGUGAGGACAAGGUUCCUGACUGUGAGAACAAGCUUCCUGACAGUGAGGACAAGGUUCCUGACGGUGAGGACAAGGUACCUGACGGUGGGGACAAGGUUCCUGACGAUGAGGACAAGGUUCCUGACCGUGAGGACAAGGUUCUUGACUGUGAGGACAAGGUUCCUCACGGUGAGGACAAGGUUCCUGACGCUGAGGACAAGGUUCCUGACGCUGAGGACAAGGUUCCUGACGCUGAGGACCAGGUUCCUGAUGCUGAAGACAAGGUUCCUGACGGUGAGGACAAGGUUCCUGACGGUGAGGACAAGGUUUCUGAUGGUGAGGACAAGGUUCCUGACUGUGGAGACAAGGUUCCUGACGCUGACGACAAGGUUCCUGACGCUGAGGACAAGGUUCCUGGCGCUGAGGACAAGGUUCCCGACUGUGAGGACAAGGUUCCAGACGGUGAGGACAAGGUUCCUGACGCUGAGGACAAGGUUCCUGACGCUGAGGACACAACCUCGUACCCAAUGCUUCUGCGCUUAUUGCUCUCAGAAGCCCUGGGAUAAUCCAACUGAGAACGUGAUUUGAUUGGUCAAUGCGAAUACAAUGAAAGUACUGGAAGUUAUUCAUUAACCGGGUGAUAUUUUGGCAACAUGGCUUCUAUCUCAAGUAGUGUAUACAAAAGUUAAAUGCUGGUUUUUGCAUGAAAAUACUUUUUUAAAUCAAAUUCUGGGCUAUUUUGAAAAGAGCAAAAAAAGAAAUGGACAUUUUUAUUUGUAAAUAAGCAAGAAUGGCGAACAGAGUAAAAAAAUUAACAUAAUAAAGCGAAACAUUGCUCGUUCGAAAACUGAAAUUUCAAGUAUAAAUCUACAACUUCAACCACGAUAUUCAAUGUAAAUAUUACAUAAUAAAGUUUUUAAUACCUUUUUUACCUUUAUUUGAUAAAUUGUGUGUUCUAUAUUAUUGCAUUUUGUAUUGGAAUAGGAUAAAUUAUGAAUUAUACACAAAUAUUUAAAUUUACAAAUUAUUCCCAACUUGAGGAUGCUGGGUGCACUGGCUCAGAGUUUGUAUUAGUGCCUAUUUAUUAUUGAGUUAUUACUGCCUCUAAAUCUCUAGAUCUAAUGUAGAAACCUUGUAAUCUGUUACUUAAUACCAUAAAGAAACUGUUGAUAGCACAUAUAUUAAAUGACUAUUAAUCAAAAUGAACUAAAUUUUCGACCAUUAUAUAGCAUAUUUCCCCCAAUAUUAAGGGAAUAAUUUCUCCUAUUUAUUUUUAUAAUAAGCCAAUAUUGCCCAACUGUGAAGUAAAUAUUGCCCGACUGGCCUAGUCUGCCCAACAUUUGAGCCCAGCCCUGUACGCCUAUGACCAGGCCUACAGGUGGACCCACAACCUGAUCGGGCACAAUUUUAUUUUUCUCCAAAAUUUCCCCUCCCGAUGUACAAGGAUUGACAAUUUGACAGUUUGAUUAGAUUUGGAAAAAAAACCACAGUUAUAUUGGGUCAUUCCAGAAAACACUCAUACCACUCCCACAGAGGAAAUUGAAAGUUAAUCCCUCCUACCCCUUUGGAUGUCCUAAUAUAUUUACUAUUAUCAGAAAAAUUUCCCCCCCCCCCUCCCCUUCUGAACGGCAGAAAUUUCCUCUGUGGGGGGAGUGUGGAUAUUUUCUGGAACAACCUAUUAGAGAAAUGCUUUUGCACAAAUUUUCUCACAAUUUUCUUGCAUGUCAGAACACUGUUCUAAGUUGCAACUAAAAUUCAGAGGUCUGAAAGGCUCAAGUCAAUUCCAGUGGUGUAACCAGAGGGGGGGGGGGUGGGGGGUAUCAAAAUAUUUUAAAUGUUCUGAACUUGUUUGUAAUUAAUUAGAGUUGAACAUGUGUUAACUGCAAGGUUAUUUCAAAUCACCAAAACACAUUAAAAUAGCCCCCCAAAAUGGCACUUUAUUAACUAUAAUUUAAAAAGUCUACAUUGUACUAUAUUAUACAUGGAUAGCUUGGGAGUCCAAAUAUAUUUUUACAUACUAACAAACUUUAUUCAAACUAGUGCAGGCCCCUCCUGGGGAUUUCAGUCCCCCUUGAAGGCCUUAAUUAGAAAUUCUGGCUACAUCACUGCUCAAUUCCAUUGCCAAUGAUGGUGUUAGCAUGAUUAGACAGAGUAGGUUAACAAACUAGUGUGUAUUAUGAGAUAAUCCAUUGAACACCAAUGAUCUAUCCCAACAUCUAUCCAGCAAAGUUUUUUUGGGGGGUGCUAACCAAUGGCGAAACGAGAGCCAAAGGCGCGAGAUUUCUAGGGUGGUCUGGGGGCAUACUACCACGGAAAAUUUUUAAAAUUUGGGUCUCUGAAAUGCAUUUCCAGCAUUCUGAGAAAACAUUCUGGAAAAUUUUUAGAUUCUCAAAACAUUUAAAAAUUCAGAAAUUUAAUAUUGGCUAUUCCACUAUUGUCAACUAGUGAUAUGCAACUGAAUUCCUUAACAUAAGUUGGUUAGAAUUAGGAUAAGCAUCAUUUUUGCACCCCCCCCCCCAUGCACCCCUGUUGACCAGAGCCUGGGGGGGGGUGCACACCAGAGUAAAAUAAAAAGUAAGACACAAUGUAUAACUUAAUAGGUAAGGUUAAUGGCCAGAACUAAAUGAUAAACAAUAUUUUAUAAUAAACCCAAAUUAGUUCAGCACCAUUGGUUCUUAUAACACUGUUCAUUCCAAUACUAGAACAUCAGCAAUUAACAAAAGUUGGAGUUUCAUCCGAUAACAUGUAUGCUUCUAACCAUGCUGUCCAUGUCCUUUUUAAUUUUCAACAUUGAUUCCCAAAGCCAUUAUUCUCAAGAUUUGCUAAAAAGGUUUUCCAAAUAUUAAAGUACAGAAUUAUAUUACAUCACUCAUCACUGUUCAUUUUACAUUCUUCAAGUAGAUGCAUGUUUACAGGACAGUAUAUCUUGUGCAUUUAUAAUUAAAUCUUGCAAUAUCUUGUUCAAAACCAUCAAAUCCAAGAUAAUCGGCAGCCAGCCACGUUACCAGUAAGAUUUCUAGUCUGUUAAUUUUGAAAUGACCAAUGUUGUACUCGAAUAUAAAUAUUUAUACUUUAAUUAUUGAAUAGCCCCUGUAUAUCGCUGACAAGGUAUGCUGUUGUCGCGAUAUAAGAUGUUCUUUUGCUUGCCAAAGCGCUAAUUUUACGCAUAAUUGUAUCUCUAAAUUGAUCAUUCCUGACUGUUAAGGAACUUCAAGAUUAAGGCGCGAUGUGGGCGCAGCGACCGCGAAACGUGAAUACGCAAUAAUUAACAUAAAUUGCGCGUAAGCAUGAUGUAGAUACAGCACGUUUCAACGUUAAAAUGGGAUGAAAAUAUGACACACCUUAGACGUGACUAAGGGAAGGAACUUUAUGUGGUUAAACAUGACGUAUGAACAGAAAAAUAGUUUCCUAGUUUUAGAGUAUAAAUAUGAGUGUAAAAAUAUUAUAUUGUAAUGGUAUUGGGUGAUUGGAAAGUGUGAGUAUUAGAGUGUAUUAGUAUGAAAUGUAUGUAGAAUGGUUAGUUUGAUUGAUUGUAAAAGAUUGUUUGAAUAAAGGAAAAUUGGAAAAAAGGAAAUACAGUCCCAGUGGUUUGUUGACUGAACCAGCGAGCGGAAAUUUCUUAUAGUUUAACCAAACUUGUGCGAAGAAAUUACAACAACUGGUCCUUCGUGCCGGAUAGAUUGAUUGAGAAUACUGAGUGAAUUGAACGAUUUGUUGAAUUGAGAACUAUGUCGGAAUUAGGUACGAAAAAGAAGAUGAGAGGUGGGCAUCGAGGCCACGCGGCGAAGUUAAUAAGCGGUGCUCGUGAGUUAGUGGAGACCUAUGACGGGCAACGGAAAAGUGCGGUAGAGCAGGCGAAAGUUGGUCUCGAAGAAAAAUUAGAAACAUUGAGAGUAUUAGAUACGGCGAUACAAGACAUGAUUUGCGCGAGUGAAGCUACAUACGAAGCGUUUCUGGAAGAGAUAGAAAGCUCUGCGAAAGUACGGGCAGAGAUGCAAGAAGCGAUCAUAUUGAUCAACGGGGCCCUCACGACGACAGGAGAACAAACCUUGGCUACGGAGCCAAGCAGCAGUAGCUCGAAUGCGAUGGCGGAUCUAGAGAACGGCGGAUCGUCGAGCCACGCAAGACUACCUAAGCUGGAAGUGAGAAAAUUCGACGGAAAGAUCCAUGAAUGGCAAGAGUUUUGGGAUAGCUUCAAAAGUGCUAUCCAUAACAAUACGCGGUUAUCUGACGUAGAUAAGUUUUCAUACCUACGUGGGUUGAUUGAGGGACCGGCGAAAGCUACGAUUGCGGGAUUUUCCCUGACGGCGGAGAAUUACGCCGCGGCUGUAGAGCUGUUGGAACGGAGAUUUGGCAAGAAAGUUGCUAUAGAACGGGCUCAUGUGAGCCAAUUGUUGAAAGUGCCACCAGUGUACGGCGAAAAGGAUGUGCGUGGACUCAGAAUAUUGCACGACACGGUGGAGACCCAUUAUCGUGGAUUGUGCGCGUUAAAGGUCGACGAAAAUACAUACUCUGGUAUUGUGGUACCAACGUUAUUGGAGAAGAUUCCAGAUUCGGUGAGACUUACUAUCACUAGAGGGGAAGAAUACCUUAAAUGGAGUAUAAAAGAAUUAUUGCAAGCACUGUUAACCGAGGUGGAAUUACGGGAAGACUAUAGACUGACGCCACAAGUGAAACCUCCUGCUGGAAAUGGAAGGAGAAUGUACAACGCGAGUGCACUACAAGUGAAUCUGGAUUCUGGUCGGGAUAAAGAUCGAUGUGCGUUCUGUAUGGGGAAGCAUCGCCAUGAAGAUUGUGCCAGAGUGAAAGAUAUGAGAGAACGAAGGAACUUGAUACGUAAGUUUGCUCGAUGCUAUAAAUGUUUAGAGAAAGGACAUUGUGCACGUGACUGUAAAGUAGUUGUUCAAUGUAAAAACUGUAAGGGGGGUCACCAUAGUGCUUUAUGCGAAACUGAAGUAAGCAGUGCAUCAGGGGAGGAGGGUGCGCAAGUAGGGAAUGAGGCGAGCACCCAUAUAGUUAAUGUACCUGCCAGCAUGUUAGUUGGGGGCAGCAGUAGGAUCGCGCUCCAAACAGCCCAAGCGCUAAUUAAGGGUAGUAAUAGUAGUAAUAGAGUAAGAGUAAUGUUUGACUCUGGGAGUCAUAAAUCGUUCGUAACUGCGGACGUAGCACGCGCGCAUAAUUUAAAAUUGCUUAGGAAGGAGUGGCUUAGCAUAAGUACGUUUGGUCGGAAAACCACUGAAUCGGGAUUGCGUGAUGUAGUUCUUAUCGACCUGAUUCCUGUAAGCGGUGGUGGGAAUCUGACACUCGAGGCUUAUGUCGUGCCGGAGAUUUCACGAAUAAGCAACGAGCACGUUGAAGUCGUUAAGAAAGACUUUUCGCAUUUGCGUAACCUUUGGUUUUCAGACGUAUUCCGGACCAAAGAGGAGCUUGAAAUUGAUUUGUUGAUCGGUUCAGAUUAUAUUUGGAAGUUUCAGAGGGGCCGAACCAUACGGUGGGAGCCUGAGGAGCCGGUUGCAAUUGAAACUGAGUUGGGAUACGUUUUGAGUGGUCCUCUUAAACCAUGUGAAGGGAGAGGCAGACAGGAUUAUUCAGUUCAUUUCCUUUCCCAGCAAAGAGUAGACACAGAUAGUGUUAGUUUAGAGAGUGAAGUGAGAAGACUGUGGGAUUUAGAUUCGAUUGGUAUUAGAGUAAAUGAUGAGGUGCAUGAAACGUUUGAAAAUGAAGUAAGUUUUAAAGAUGGCAAGUAUUCGGUAAAGUUGCCAUGGAAGCAGGGUCAUGAACCCUUGCCCAGUAAUUACGUAAACAGUUUAGCUCGCAUGCAAAACCAAUUAAGGAAAUUGCGCAAAGAUCCGGAAGUGUUGGCAGAUUAUGACGCGAUAAUUAAGGAUCAGUUAAAGACUGGAGUAAUAGAACCGGUUGCAGCGCUGGAAAAGCCAAGCGAUAAGUUGCACUAUUUGCCGCAUCAAGCAGUAAUUAGGAAAGAGGCCGAGACCACUAAGAUAAGAAUUGUGUAUGAUGCGUCAGCAAAGGAGUCUAAGAACGGAACGUCCUUGAAUAAUUGUUUGCACACAGGACCAUCAUUGAAUCCACUGUUGUUUGAUAUACUUGUUAGGUUUCGAGAAAAUAAGGUUGCGCUCGUAGGAGAUAUUGAGAAAGCGUUUCUUAAUAUUGAAGUCGAUCCAGGCGAUCGAGAUUGUUUAAGAUUUUUGUGGGUAGAUGACUAUAAGAAGGAAAGUGCCGAAACUAUUGUUUAUCGUUUUUGUCGUGUAGUAUUUGGGUUAAAUGCGUCACCGUUUUUAUUGAAUGCCACAAUUAGACAUCAUUUAAAUAAGUUUGUUUCGACCGAUCCAUGUUUCGUAAGGAAAAUGCUAGAAGGAUUUUACGUGGAUGAUUUAGUAUCAGGCGGAAACACAAGCGAAGAUGCAUUUGAGUUAUAUAAUAAGGCUAGAUCUCGAAUGGAAAGCGGAGGUUUUCGAUUGCGUAAGUGGAAAACAAAUGAUCCGACAUUAAGACAGAAAAUUUGUGAGUCUGAGAAGGAUGUGCCACAACAAGUAAUUAGGGGUUUGGAAGAAGACGAAACGUAUGCAAAAUCAAAAUUGGUUCCUCAAAGUGGAACAAAGGGUGAAAAAGUUUUAGGAUUGGCAUGGAAUUUACAGAAUGACACAAUACGUUUCAAUUUUGAACACAUUGCACGUAAGAAAGAAAGCUCGGAACCGACCAAAAGAAGCUUGUUGAGUUUAUUAAGUAGCUUGUUUGAUCCGUUAGGUUUAAUCAGUGGAAUUAUUGUAAGCAUGAAAAUACUGUUUCAAGAUGUCUGUAAGAGUAAGUUAGGAUGGGACGACACAUUUGGCAAUGACAUGAAAAAGCGAUUAGAUAAGUGGAUUAAAGAUUUAGUUGCAACACGAGAGAUAUACGUUGACAGAUGUUUAUAUGAUGCAAAUGUAGGAAAUAUUUCUGAAUGUUAUUUACAUGGCUUUGGCGACGCGUCCAAGAAUGCGUAUUGCGCUGUAGUGUAUUUGGUUUAUCGUACGGGAGGCGGAGAGACGCACGCAAAAUUGAUAGCAAGUAAGACUAGGAUAGCACCUUUGAAAGAAUUGUCGAUUCCGCGCUUGGAAUUAAUGUCAGCUAGGAUACUUGCACAGCUUGUAAACACUAUUCGCAGCGCGCUAAGUUCACAGCUAAAAUUAGAUGGCGUUCGAUACUGGCUAGAUAGCAAAACAGCUCUGUGUUGGAUAAGGAACCAACGAGAAUGGAAGCAAUUUGUAAAACAUAGGGUUAAUGAGAUUUUACAAUUGACAAAUAAGGAUGAGUGGUCGUAUGUUUCAACGCAUGAAAAUCCUGCGGAUAUAGGAAGUAGGGGGGUUCUAGCCUCACAGUUAAAGGGUAAUCAGUUAUGGUGGAACGGACCGACAUGGUUAUCAGAGCAACCAAGUAAUUGGCCAUCAUAUUUUGAAAUUAGUAAAACGCCAGAGAGUUUUCUUGAAGAGAAGAAGUUCGCAACAAUUUUGUCUGUUAAGAAAGACCAAGUAAGCAGUUUAAAGGCUGUAAUUGAUAUAGAACGUUACAGCAGUCUAAUGAGACUUCUGAAGGUUACAGCAUGGGUAAGACGAGCAGUUAACAAUUUCAGAAAACUUUUGAAUAAAAAUGAAUGUGUAACGACUAAUUUGACAGCGGAAGAAAUUAAUAGAGCCGAAAUAGAAUGGGUAAAAGCGACCCAGUGUGAAUUAAAGGAACAAGAUAAUUAUAAGCAGUUGGUUCGAAAACUAGGAUUAGUUGAAGAAGACGGAGUUUUAAGAUGUACAGGUAGACUUGGCAAUUCAGAUUUGGAAUUAGAUGCCCAGAAACCGAUUUUGUUGCCAAAAGAGCAUAAGUUUACUCGUUCGGUAAUAGAAGCAUGCCACCAGAAAGUACACCACUGCGGUGUUAGAUCAACGUUAGCGGAAUUAAGGUCAAUAUUUUGGGUGCCGAAGGGCAGACAGAUUGUCAAAAAGAUUUUGAAUCAAUGUGUUACUUGCAAAAGACUGAUAGGCAAGUCAUAUAAAGAGCCAGCAACAGCAGCACUACCAGAGUUUCGGGUGACUAAAGCGCCACCAUUUUCCAGAGUAGGAAUAGAUUUUGCAGGACCGCUAUAUGCAAAGGAUGCUUCUGGUGAGAUGAAAAAGGUAUAUAUCGCAUUGUUUUCUUGCUGCGUCACCAGAGCAGUCCACCUAGAAUUAGUAGAUGAAAUGUCGGCAGAAGCGUUUAAGCGUUGCUUGCGGAAAUUUACAGCGCGGCGGGGAAUGCCUAAGCUAAUAGUUUCAGAUAAUGCGAAAACCUUUCAAGCAACAGAAAAGGAUUUGAAUAAGUUAUUUGAUCAUCCAGAAAUAAAGUCAUACUUUAAUAAUAUGAGAAUAGAAUGGAAGUUCAAUUUAGAAAGAGCACCCUGGUGGGGUGGCUUCUUUGAGAGAAUGGUAGGCUGUGUGAAGCAGUGUUUAAGAAAGACAUUAGGUAGAGCUAGAUUGAAAAGAGAUGAGUUAGAAACAGUGUUAGUAGAAGUAGAGUGUACGCUUAAUUCUAGACCGUUGACGUACGAGUAUGAUGAAGUGGGAGAAGAGGUGUUAACUCCAUCUCAUUUGAUUUUCGGUAGGAGAAUAAAUUCAUUACCUGAUGUGGUAGACGAGCGAGAGGAAGCUAUAGGUGAACGCGAGUGUACAGCAAGAUUUAGGUAUCUCAGUAAUAGAUUAGAACACUUUUGGAACAGGUGGAGGAAAGAGUACUUGAUAGGACUUAGAGAAGCUCAUAGGGACAAAGGUGAUGGAUCAGCCAUUGCUCCAAAGGUAGGUGAUGUUGUAAUAGUUCAGGACGACGAUAGAAAGAGAGGCGAAUGGAAGAUGGCAGUUGUAGUUGAGUUAGUUAAAGGAAGAGAUUGCGUAGUGAGAGGAGCAAAAGUAAAAGUGGUUUCUAGUGGACGACCCGUGUACCUACCAGACCAGUUCAAAAAUUGUACCCCUUAGAGAUAAAAAGUCAGAGGGAAGAGGGGUGGGUAGGUACUGCGCCGGCAAAAAGUAAUAGCGCAGAAACCAACAAAUCAAAAAGAAGUACUCCUCCAAGGAAGGCAGCGCUUGAUUCGAAAUGCAAAUCUAGGUUAAUGCUUGACUCAUAGCGA